AUGGUCAAUCGAUUGAUGCCCAUGGUUGGCUUUGGAUGGACGAUGCGUGCAGUCCCAUUCAUCAUUCUUGUCGGCGUGCUUGCGGCGGUCGCAACAAUUCGUUCCAACAAAGCUCAUGCCCGUACCCCGUUCAAGAUAACAUCAUACAUCACACCGAUGAAGGAAGUCAAAUUCGCCCUUCUCUGCCUAGCAUUAACUAUUUUUGGCUUUGGACUCUUUCUUCCCUUCAACUUCAUUCCCCUAGAGGCACAGGCUAUGGGUAUGUCUUGGGAAUUGUCCAUCUACUCCAUUGUCAUCCUCAAUGCCGUGAGCGUCUUUGGCCGGAUCCUGCCUGGCUUCUUGGCCGAUAAAUUCGGUCGUUUCAAUAUGAUGAUGAUCUGCACAACCAUGUCGGCUAUCUUGACCCUGGCUGUCUGGCUUCCCGGAAGAUCCAAUGCGGCAUCGCUUUGCUUCUCGGCAUUCUUCGGUUUCUUUUCCGGCAGCUACAUCUCGUUGACCCCUGCGCUGGUCGUAGAAGUCUCUCCCCUGUCGGAAAUAGGACAUCGAACAGGAAUGCUAUACUUCUGUAUCUCAAUCGGUGUAUUAGCGGGUAGUCCCAUCGCUGGUGCGCUCGUGGAAGCGAACGGUGGCAAUUACACAUAUCUCAAGGUGUUUGCCGGAGUGACAAUGCUCAUUGGUGCUAUUGUGAUUGGUGCAUUGAGAUUUUAUGGCUAUCAAUUGACGAAGAAAGCAGUAGCCGAGGUUGGUAAUGGCAAGGUAGAAAUUGGGGGAGAGAAGGAAUGA